AUGCCUCCACGCAAAGCGAAUCGUCGCAAGGGCAAGAACCUUUUGGGCAAGGGAAAGUCGACUCCUGGGCCGGCGGCAGCCGUGGCGAUGGGUUUGCCGUCAGAAACGCUGCAGACGGUUCUUACCGAGCUCAAUCUAAGCUACGACUCGAGUCUCGGCUUGCUGCAGGGGGACAGCAUGUUUUCGACCCCGUCGGAGGCAAAGCUGGCAGCAUUGAAGAAGCUGCUGGAAAAACUGAUUGGGGAACUUGAGUCUGGAGUGGAAAUCGACAAACGGUUGAUAGCGUCGAUCGACUCAGAAAUUUCCUUGCUCGACGGGGAAGAUAAGCAGAAGACGGCUGCAGUCAAGGAGGAGCCGUUGGAGCCCGUUGUUCCUCCCGGAGUGGAAAUUAAGCAGGAGAAUGACGAGGAGGACGAGGACAGCGCUAUACAGGUGCCCAAGAGAAAGCGGCAGAGAAUCAUCAUUACUGCUAAUGGAGAGCGCAAGGAGAUUACUCCGGACUCACGUGACGAAGGGGCCGACGGGUCCUCUGAGCCACCUCGAGUUGCGAGCGAGGACGACGAGGACGCGUUGCCGGUUGGGUCUGUCACGGUGAAGAAGGAGAAGCCGAUACUGAAGAUCACUCAGAAGAAGCCAGACGACGAGGACAAGCUGGAGGACGGCGAGGUGAUUCCGUCUGUCUACAUUGGCAAAGAGAAGCCCGACUUCAAGAUCGACGAGCUCCUGGAAUCUGCUAGAGAUAAGCUGGAAUUAUACGACGAGCAGAAAGCGCACGAGAAAUAUGGCGACGGAGAGGAGUUCCUGAAGCACAAGUACGCCGUUGCCGACUUCCCGCACGACGACCUCAAAGACCUGCUUCCAGGCGAGAUCCCGAUGACCGAUUUUUCCAUUGCGAAGCCGAACAACAACCAGAUCGCGUUCACCUCGUUCCAGGCGUACGUGGAUCCGUUUUUCAGACCAUUCACGGAGGAGGAUAUCCGUUUAUUGCGCACAAAAUGCAAUUUGAGCAGCAAUCUGCCCCGUGACUACGACGACCAGAAAACCCCGUACCACAUCCCGCGGCUGGGCCCGCACUACGCUGACGUGUGGUACGAGGAAGACCUGCGCAAUGGCCUGAUCAAGAACCCUGACGGCAUGGGGUUCAGUCUACGCAAGCAGCUGGAGAUGAACAUGUUGAGUCUCGUGGAGCCAAAAGCGUCUUCCGACAGUUUGAGCAGCGAUGUCUUGGAGACGGAGGAUGUCUCGUGUGGCCCGCUAACCUCAAGACUUCUCUCUGCCCUGAUCAAAGAUACGCCUGACAAAGACGGUGAAGACGACAGUCUUGCGGGCAGCCCUGCUGCGGAUGAGAAUGGCGGCGACAACGGUGCUGGCGACACGCUGUCCUCGUCGGCCUUGGCAGACCAGCAGGGGUGGAAGUCGUCCAUCAUAAAGACAGAUUACAAGACUCUUGAAGAGCGGCUGAAGCGGGAACUGAGAUACAUUGGCGUGUACAUGAACGUGGAGCAGACGCUGAAUGAACCAGGGUUUGACCAGGACUGGGUCCAAAACAGAGAAGACGACGAAAUUUCCACCGAGCUGCGUCAUUUGCAGAAGGAACUCAGAGCUGUCCAGGUGCGCAAUAUCAAGCGCAAGAAGAAGAUCAUUCCAAUCGUGGAGGAGCAGAUUGCCUGGCAGGAGUACAUGUCCAUUUUAGAGGACCUGGAUAAGCAGGUGGAGCAGCAUUACAGGAGAAGAAUCAACGUUGCACCGAAGAAGGCCAAGAAACGAGGCCCGAAUGCUGGUGGCAACGCCGCCAAAGAAAAAGAGGAGCUGACUAAUCAGCAGCUGGUGAGCAACUCGUCCUUUAUGAGUCUUCUGGAGAAACGCAACAAGUGGAUCUCGCGUAUUGGGCCGUUAUUCAGAUCACAGAAAGAAAUGAGAAGAAUGCCUUCUGAGAGCGUUUUCAAGGACGUCAACAUGGUGGAAAACGAGGAGGACGAGGAAGGAGAAGAGAUUGCGGAGGAUGAUGUUUUGGACCAGAUGGAUCUGGAGUAG